AUGCACGCGAAGGAACCAGACCAAGAUCAAAGUCAGGUGCAUAGGGCCCCAGGAAGUGGCGCAGCACCUGAUGAAAGUGAAGCAGCCGUCGACAAGUACAUCGUGUUUGGGUCUUGCCUCAAGAAGCUCCUGAAGCGGUGCUCGGAUUGCUUCUCCAUGAACACCCAAGUCUCCUUUGACCUUGUCGGAUCCAUGGUGAAGGCCACCACCACUUGCGGCGCUGGCCACACCAGCAUCUGGGAGAGCCAGCCUAAGUGUCAUGGCAAGCCAGAGGGCAACAUCUUAAUGUGUAGCGGGAUCGUCUUCAGUGGAGGCUGCCCAACAAAGGUGCUCCGCCUCUUCGAUAUCAUGGGCGUCGCCAGAAUCCAUUCCACACAGUUCAACGAGUAUCAGAGAUGCUACGUGCUCCCAGCAGUGAUGAACGUAUGGAGAGCUCAACAACGCACUCUUGUCAAGAGCCUGGAGGGGCGGCCACUACGGCUGGCCGGCGACGGCCGAUCGGACUCCCCUGGCUUUUCUGCCCUGCACGGGACGUAUUCGCUGCUGGAGACAUCAAUCAACCGUAUUAUUCACCUGGAACUUGUACAGUCGACUGAGGUGAAGUCAAGUUGCCACAUGGAACUGGAGGGGCUGACUAGGUCUUUAGUCUACUUUGCGGAACUAGGUAUAACCGUGGAGGUCCUUGUCACUGACAGGCACCUGCAGGUCAGCGCGUACAUGAAGCGAGAGCAUCCCCUCAUCCAGCACCGCUUUGAUAUCUGGCAUGUCAGCAAAGGCAUUAAAAAGAAGAUUGUGGCAAUCGCCAAGUCGCCACGCCACAAGCCAUUGGAAAAAUGGCUGGACACCAUCACGAGACAUCUGUACUGGUGCGCCCGCACCAGCAACGGCCGGGGGGACCUGAUCCUGGCAAAAUGGACGUCAUUCACCAGGCACAUCUGCAAUGUCCACCACCACCCGAACCCACUGCACCCAGCGUGCUUGCACGGGGAUGUCAGUGAUCGGCUCUGGAUUGAGGAGGGCACCGAAACCUACAAGAAGUUGGAAUCGGUUGUGCUCUCUAAGCAUCUCCUGCGGGACAUUCCCAAGCUGUCCUCGAACGAGCAGACGUUCGGACUGGAUGCGUUCCAUGGGGUGCUGAUUCAUUUUGCCCCCAAGUCUGUUAGCUACCGAUAUGAUGGACUGCUGGCAAGGACAUACAUUGCAGCGCUCCACUACAACUGCAAUGCGGACAGGAAGGUGCGCCUCACAGAAGACGGCGAAGACAAACACGCCCUGAAGUUUUCCAGAGCAAGGAAACAGUGGACCAUUGUUCCCGUCAUGGAAGACACCAAGUUUGGUUACAUCCAGAAGCUGCUAACUGGACUCUUUGAACACAUUGAGAGGUACCCAACGUUCGCAGCAGCGAAGGAAGCACUCCCGAAGCAGAAACGACCAACACUGGGCAGCACGCUGGCACAGAGGCCUGGCCUGGAGACUGCUCUAGCCACUCACCGGUCACGCUUUCGAAGGCAGUGA